AAUUCAUCAUGUCCUCCUCCUCAAAAGCUAUUGGUAUCGAUCUCGGCACCACCUACUCUUGCGUUGGUGUGUGGCAGAACGAUCGUGUCGAAAUCAUCGCCAACGAUCAGGGAAAUCGCACAACUCCUUCUUACGUCUCGUUUUCCGACAAUGAGCGUCUUAUCGGUGAUGCCGCAAAGAAUCAAGUUGCCAUGAACCCCCACAACACUGUUUUUGACGCUAAGCGCUUGAUUGGUCGCAAGUUCGACGAUGCCGAAGUCCAGUCCGAUCUCAAGCACUUCCCCUUCAAGGUCUUCAGCAAGGGUGGCAAGCCAUACAUCAAAGUCGAGUAUCGCGGAGAGGAGAAGGAAUUCUCUCCCGAAGAAAUCUCGUCAAUGGUCCUCUUGAAGAUGAAGGAGACCGCCGAGUCUUAUCUCGGCACCACCAUCAACAAUGCCGUCGUCACCGUUCCCGCCUACUUCAACGAUUCUCAGCGUCAGGCCACCAAAGAUGCUGGAACCAUUUCCGGCAUGAACGUUCUCCGUAUCAUCAACGAGCCCACUGCUGCCGCUAUUGCCUACGGUCUCGACAAGAAGGUCAUCGGCGAGCGUAACGUUUUGAUUUUCGAUCUCGGUGGAGGAACCUUCGAUGUUUCUCUCCUGACCAUUGAGGAGGGUAUUUUCGAGGUCAAGGCCACCGCCGGUGAUACCCAUCUUGGUGGUGAGGACUUUGACAAUCGCCUUGUCAACCACUUCGUUCAAGAGUUCAAGCGCAAGAACAAGAAGGAUUUGUCUUCCAACCCUCGUGCUGUUCGCCGUCUCCGCACUGCUUGCGAGCGUGCCAAGCGCACUCUCUCGUCCGCGACACAAACCUCCAUUGAAAUUGAUUCUCUGUUUGAGGGCAUCGACUUCUACACCUCCUUGACUCGUGCUCGUUUCGAGGAACUUUGUCAGGAUCUCUUCCGUGGAACCCUUGAGCCCGUUGAGAAAGUUCUCCGGGACUCCAAGAUCGACAAGGCCAACGUCCACGAGAUCGUCUUGGUCGGUGGAUCCACCCGUAUUCCCCGCAUCGUCAAGCUCGUUUCCGAUUUCUUCAACGGCAAGGAGCCCAACAAGAGCAUCAACCCUGAUGAGGCUGUCGCCUACGGUGCCGCCGUCCAAGCUGCCAUCCUGUCCGGCGAUACCUCUGAAAAGACCCAAGAUCUCCUCCUCCUCGACGUUGCCCCCCUGUCCCUCGGUAUUGAGACCGCCGGAGGUGUUAUGACUGCUCUCAUCAAGCGCAACACCACCGUUCCCACAAAGAAGUCUGAGAUCUUCUCGACCUACUCCGACAACCAGCCUGGUGUCCUUAUCCAGGUGUACGAGGGUGAGCGUGCCCGUACCAAGGAUAACAACCUCCUCGGAAAGUUCGAGCUCUCCGGUAUUCCCCCGGCACCCCGUGGUGUUCCCCAGGUCGAGGUCACUUUCGACAUUGAUGCCAAUGGUAUUUUGAACGUCUCCGCGUCGGACAAGACCACUGGUAAAUCGAAUCGCAUCACCAUUACCAACGACAAGGGUCGUCUCUCCAAGGAAGAGAUUGAGCGCAUGGUCGAAGAAGCCGAGAAAUACAAGGCUGAGGAUGAAGCUGCCGCUGCUCGAAUCACCUCCAAGAACGCUCUCGAGUCAUACGCUUACAACCUCCGUAACUCGCUGCAAGACGAGAAGCUCGCCGGCAAGUUUGAAGCUGCUGACAAGACCAAGCUCGAGUCUGCUGUCAACGAUACCAUCCAUUGGCUCGACGCCUCACAAGAAGGAUCGAAGGAGGAGUACGAGGAGAAACAGAAGGAGCUUGAGGCCAUUGCCAACCCCAUCAUGCAGAAACUGUACGGUGCUGCAGGCGGACCGGGAGGUGAUGGUGGCUUCCCCGGCGCUGGCGGCUUCCCAGGAGGUGCUGGUGGUGCUCCUGGUGGCUUCCCUGGCGCCAGUGAGGAAGGCCCUAGCGUGGAGGAGGUCGACUAAUUGGUGUCUCUGCUUCAAUCAUUUUUCAUCAACGCAUCUUAUGAGGACAUGCUCAAAAAAUUAAUGACAUCACAUUUGUAUCAGACUAGAAUCGCAUUUUUUCUAUCACUCU